GUCUCUUUUCACUUACAAUUCUACACAUUUAUUGUGUCCAAAGUAUUUAUUUCCCCUUCCCAGUUCCAAAUUUCAAGAAACCUAGUUAACCUGGUCCCUUUGACUUGGUCUCACACACAAACACCUAGAACACGCACUAAACUCAAAAAAUGGAGAAGCUCUACAAAAUCCUAGAUGGAUUGAAGCCGCUGAUGAUGAUGGUGACGGUGCAGAUCGCUCUCGCCGGAGUCAAUAUCCUCUACAAGUUGGUGGCGAACACCGGCAUGAGCUUGCCCAUUUUGAUCGCCUACCGCUUCCUCUUUGCCGCUGCCACCAUCGUCCCUCUUGCCCUCGUCCUCGAAAGGAAAACCAGACCGAAAUUGACUUGGAAGAUUCUCGGUCAAGCAUUUGCUUGUGGUUUGUUUGGGGGAUCCUUGACCCAAAAUUUAUACGCUGCGAGCUUAGUGAAGACGUCCCCCACAUUUAUCGCAGCUAUAACGAAUCUUAUUCCCGGAUUUACCCUUAUCCUUGCAGUGAUUUUUCGGAUGGAGGCAUUGGGAUUAAAGACAUGGCCCGGUAAAGCUAAGGUGGUUGGGACAUUAUUGAGCAUAGGAGGGGCAAUGCUUUUGACAUUUUAUAAGGGGGUUGAAUUUGAUUUUUUGUCAACCAAGAUUGACUUCCUCCACCGGGGGGGACAUGUGGCACCAACCGAACAAAAGCCCGGGAACAAUGUCAUGGGCCUUGUGUUGGGGCUUGCUUGCUGCUUAUCUUCGUCGAUCGGAUUGAUUUUUCAGACUCAGAUGACACAGUCAUAUCCAUGUCACUAUUCUAGCACUGCAUGGAUCUCAAUCAUGGGAUCUCUUCAAGCUAUUGUUUAUGCUCUUUGUAUUGAAAGAGAUAUGAAAAUGUGGAAAUUGGGAUGGAACAUUACACUUCUAACCGCAGCUUAUAUGGGUGUUUUUGCAUCAGGGAUAAUGUGGGUGUUCAUCAUGCUGUGUGUGAGGAUGAGAGGGCCGCUUUAUGUGUCAGUUUUCAAUCCUUUGCUUCUCGUACUAGUCGCCAUUGCAGGAUGCUUGUUUCUACAAGAAAAGUUGCAUUUGGGAAGUGUGCUAGGGGCUGUGGUGAUAAUAAUUGGAUUGUACUUAGUAUUGUGGGGCAAAGGCAAAGAACUAAAAAAAGCGAAGCGUUUGAUGGGAUCAAAAAGAUCCCCAAAUCCGGCCAUCGGAGAAAGUGGAAGAGAAAGCUUCGGAGGAUUAAGCAAUCGGAGCAAUGUUAUCAUCGUUGCUCCAACAUUUGUCCCAGAAUUGGGGAGUUCAGAUGUCUUUGUCUAUGAUGAUGGUGAAGAACAAGCAGAAGAAGAAGAUUUAGAGGCUAAAGUUUCUAGCACAAACAUUAAAACUUGAAAAACAUAUGGAAAAUUUAAGCCGACAAUAUAUAAAAGGAAAAUUUACUCAAUUAGCCAGCUCAUUAGCUUCAUCUCUCAUUAAUAGACAUCGCCAAUUACAUUAAUUCUACGCAUCUAUAUGGAAAAUAUUACUUCUACAAUUGUAUUUUACACAUGACGUAGAAACUAGGAAAAUCCAAAUUGAAUUAGAAUGGGAGUACUAAAAUAUGUGUAAGAUUUUAAAAA